CCGCAUCGGAAUUCCUUUUCCCUUUGUGCCUGGACUAAAACAGAUUUUAACCAUUUUGAACAAAAUGAAAAAUAUUAUUUUAUGUUUUCAUGGCUUGUUAAUUAUUGGAAUAGAAAGUCAUAUGGGUUUGGAACAAAACAAAGUGUUAGGGGACAGUUGCUCCCUGGAGAUCUUUCCCCCAAGAGUAGUGGUGAAAUUUGGGGAUCCAGUGUCGGUCAGCUGUGUUGCCUCCCGUCCAGUGCGUGUGCUAGGAUGGGAAUCGAUUACUGGAGCGUCACACACACAGCAUGACCUCAGUGUUCAGUGGCGGGUGGACAGUUUGACUGACUGGAUUGAGGAGCCAAUCUGCUAUGCCGUAUUUUUCACUGCACCCAGGCAGUGUGAAGAAAAACUAAACCUUGUUCAGUACAAGGAACCAGACAGUGUCUCCAUAAGAUUGAAUCACACCAGCCCAGUGGUGGAGGGCAGAGAGUACCAGCUCCUGUGUGAGGUGCAGAACGUUGCACCUGUUCAGUACCUUGUUUUAAGAUGGUACAGAGGACAAAAUGAAGUGUACAAGCACUCAUUCUCAGAGGUAUCAGCUGUUACACCAGCCCAGGUGUCCUCCACCUUGCUAAUUGUCCCAAACAGAGCUGAUGAUGCAGUUCAGUACAGGUGUGAAGCAGAGCUAGAACUGGGAGCAGAAGGACCUCAACCUCCUCCUACAGUGCAGUCUGAAGCUUUCAACAUUGCUGCUCAGUACCCCCCUGAAUUCCCCAGUCCAGAAGAGGAGAUACUGGAUAUCAGUGAGGAUGGUGACAAGAGGCUGAACUGUAUUGCAGUUGGCAACCCUCCUCCCGUAUAUACCUGGAGCUCCUCAAACAUUCAGGAGAAUGUUGAUAAUCACCCAGUUUUGACAGCUGCAUCAUUGGGCCCAGGGGUCUAUACAUGCACUGCGUCCAAUAUCCUGGGGAAAAAGAGCAAACAGUUUGUCAUCAAGCACAAAUCCAAAGGUGUUUAAGUCCAGAAACCUUGAGAAUGUUUCGAAGACACAUAGAUCUAGAAGGUACGCUCAGGACUUUCUGGACACGAGAGUUCAAAAUCUGUUUGGCUGUAGAAUGUCUUACAUUGACAUGUUUCAUUUUAGGGGACUCUCUUUUUUCACGGGGUAUGACUUGUUAAAUAUGAGAGUCAAACCUGAAUGUUUUUCAUGUGUAAAAUCAGUUAUCUUAGUUUGUGUAAUUAAUAUUCUGUGCAAGAUUAUUUUAACUGCAUAUGUGUGUGUUCCAAGACACAUUGUUAUGGCAUUUAAUGUGACAUUUUAAUGUAUUUUUUACAGAUAUUUACUCACCAAAUAAUA